CCUUCUUCUUUCUUAACUUCGAUCGCUUUCAAAAAUGUUUCACAAUUCAAUCAUCAAGCUUUUAAUCCUCCAAACGAUUCUCGUAGCCUAUCUGAGCUAUACCAGUAGCGUUUCAGCUGCACCGAUUUUGGCAAAGAAAGGAUGGACUUGCUUUACCGGUGAAGAUGGAGAUCCUGAAUGCUAUUAAAGAGUCCUAAUACAGG